AGUGGUUAAGAGCACGGGUUUGGCGUCACAGUUAUGAAGUCUGGUUCUGCUGACUUGAGACCUGGAGGAAUGCCUUGAACUCUGACUUCUGUGUCCUUUCCUGUAGAAUGGGAAUAAUUCCCACCUUGCAGAGUUGUAGGGAGGAUUAAAGGAAAUGAUCUUGGUUGACAAGCUUAUCGGGUGUGGGUACCUAGGUAGUAGCUAUCAAUGUUAUUUAAUGCAGCCGGGCACAGUGGCUCACGCCUAUAAUCCCAGCACUUUGGGAGGCCGAGGCGGGCGGAUCACGAGGUCAGGAGAUCGAGACCAUCCUGGCUAACAUGGUGAAACCCCGUCUUUACUAAAAAUACAAACAAUUAGCCAGGCGUGGUGGCACACGCCUGUAGUCCCAGCUACUCGGGAGAAUCGCUUGAACCUGAGAGGCGGAAGUUGCAGUGAGCCGAGAUCAUGCCACUGCACUCCAGCUUGGCGACAGAGCGAGACACACACUUUCUGUCUCUCUCUCUCUCUCUAAAAUUUAAUGAAUGAGGAAACCGCGAACAUACGUCCAGUAAGGUGGGACUUCACCAGCUGAGGUGGAGGAGAUGCCUUAACCCUCCGGAGUCUCUAUACAUUGUAAUGGCUACUUCUUAGGACGGUUGUAGGAUUAAGUAAGGUUGGAAAUAUGAAAAGAGCGGCCGCGCGCGGUGGCUCAAGUCUGUAAUCCCAGCACUUUGGGAGGCCGAGGCGGGCGGAUCACGAGGUCAGGAGAUCGAAACCAUCCUGGCUAACACGGUGAAACCCCGUCUCUACUAAAAAUACAAAAAAUUAGCCGGGCGUGGUGGCGGGCGCCUGUAAUCCCAGCUACUCGGGAGGCUGAGGCAGGAGAAUGUCGUGAACCCGGGAGGCGGAGCUUGCAGUGAGAUCGCGCCAGUGCACUCCAGCCUGGGGGACAGAGAAAGACUCCGUCUCAAAAAAAAAAAAAAAAAAAAAAGAAAUAUGAAAAGAGCUUAUAAAUUGCAAAAUAUUUUACCGAUGCUAAUUUAAUCGCUUACACUCCAGAGCAUUUUGAAAUUUCUUUAUAGAUUUGGCACAGCAGCAGGGUCAUAGGACACCCCCAGAGCAACUUGUGGGUCUUGGAAUAGAUGAAAAGAAACAACUGCCACUGUGUUGCUACCAUAACCCUAAAGAUAAAGCUUUCCAGGAGACCCCUAUUUCCUCUCUGCUUUUUCUGCCUACGGCACUUCACACUUAUGUGCCAGCAUUUUUACUGCCUAGUUAAAUACCAGUCUAUCAAUUAUGUAAGAGACAGCUUAGUCCAGUAGUUAAGAGCACAGACUGUGGACCUGGGCAGCCUGCAUCUGAAUACCAGCUCUACCACUUACUAACGAUAUGACCUUGGACAAAUUAUUUUACCUCUCUUGGCCUCAAAUUUCUCAUCUGUAAAAUGGGGAAGGUAAUAAUGUAUUAUAUCAUCUACCUUGUGAGAUUUAAAUAAUGUUAGUGCUUGUAGAACACUCCCUGGCACAUUGUAAGCAAUGUAUAAGGAUUUGCUGCCAUUUUUGUUUCCACCACUACUACAUGACCAGGCAGUCAUUCUUCUCAGUAAUACUACUAGAUUCCUUUGGUUAGAGACAGCUCUGCAUUUAGAAGGUUCCAGGCAUGGAGAAAGGUUGGUGAAGGUCCUAGAAUAAAUGACUUCUUGGGGAUUUUUGGUUGUUGGUUUUGUUCACUAAAGUAUCCCAUGCAACUGGAGUGGUACCUGGCACACAGUAGGUCCUCAGUAAAUGUUUAUGGUAUUAAUACAUUUCUAACCUUGCUUAUCUUUUUGCCCCAACAGCUGCUUGCCUUAGAGCAAGGGAAACAACUCUGAUUCAAAGGAACUAGAAGCCUCUCCCUCAGUGGUAGGGAGAGAGCCAGGAGCUGUUUUCUGGGGAACUGUGGGAUGUGCCCUUGGGGGCCCGAGAAAACAGAAGGAAGAUGCUCCAGACCAGUAACUACAGCCUGGUGCUCUCUCUGCAGUUCCUGCUGCUGUCCUAUGACCUCUUUGUCAAUUCCUUCUCAGAACUGCUCCGAAAGGCUCCUGUCAUCCAGCUUGUGCUCUUCAUCAUCCAGGAUAUGGCAAUCCUCUUCAACAUCAUCAUCAUCUUCCUCAUGUUCUUCAACACCUUCGUCUUCCAGGCUGGCCUGGUCAACCUCUUAUUCCAUAAGUUCAAAGGGACCAUCAUCCUGACAGCUGUGUACUUUGCCCUCAGCAUCUCCCUUCAUGUCUGGGUCAUGAACUUACGCUGGAAAAACUCCAACAGCUUCAUAUGGACAGAUGGACUUCAAACGCUGUUUGUAUUCCAGAGACUAGGUAAGGACCAGAGCAAGGUCAGGCCUCUCUCAGGUCCCACAUGUGUCUCUCUCAGUGAGGGCCUUGAUGCUGGCUUCCCAGACCUGUCCCAGCUGGCUUGGGAUGGUUGCGACAGCCACACCAGGAACAGGAGGGAUUACUGCCCCUGCCCUUGCUGGAAGACUGUGGGAAAUCAGGAGGCAGGGCUGCCCAGCCUCAUUAGGUUCUGUUCUUUUUGUUUGUUUGUUUGUUUGUUUUUGAGACAGUCUUGCUCUGUCGCCCAGGCUGGAGUGCUGUGGCGCUAUCUCAGCUCACUGCAAGCUCCGCCUCCCAGGUUCAUGCCAUUCUCCUGCCUCAGCCUCCUGAGUAGCUGGGACUUCAGGCGCCCGCCACCACGCCCAGCUGAUUUUUUGUGUAUUUUUAGUAGAAACGGGGUUUCACCAUGUUAGCCAGGAUGGUCUCGAUCACUGACCUUGCGAUCCGCCUGCCUCUGCCUCCUAAAGUGCUGGGAUUACAGGCGUGAGCCACCGCGCCCGGCCAGGUUCUGUUCUUAAGUUCUGUUCUUAACCUGAAAUGACACUCAGGAGCAGCCCUGAGGCUUCUGUUCUGCUUCCC